AUGUGCGACGCAGACAGUUGCUGCUGUGGAGUUCCUCCACCGAAGACUCACCGAGAGUCUAUGAUGCUGCUUGUCGGUGGUAUACUUAAUCUACUAUGCCCCAUUGGGAUUGGCGCGCUCGUUGCUGGCUGUGCCGUCAACAGCUCACAACUUAUUAUGUCAGGUAUAUUCCAGUUAAUUUGUUCUUUUCUUGUGUUCGGAGUUGUCUGGAGUAUCAUUCAUGGCAUUUUGAUGAUCGUGGCAUCCUCUCCAAACCCGACGGCAACGACGCCGGCGGCCGCUACAGGUGCCCCGCCCGUUAAUCAGCCGCCGGCAGCCGGUCCUACAUACAUUCUGCAGCCACCGCCAGCAGCUCCUGCAUACAUUAUGCACCCACCGCCAGCAGCUCCUGGAUACACUCUGCAACCGGUACAACCUGGUCCUGUAUGUACCACGCCUCCGAUGCAGCCCGCGUGA